CCGGGCCGGGGCCGGGCGGCCCGAGGGAGGCGGGGUGGCCCCGGCAGCUGAGAGGGGGCUUCUCCUGAGAAGUGGGCCGGAGUGUCGUGUGCGCGGUGCCGCCGCCCUGCUCGGAGGUGGGCGCGCCUCGGACAGCGCCGUCAGGGCACGGACGAGGCGGGCGCUCCGGAGCCUUGCUGGCGGGAAGGAUGUGCUCCUAGCACCCUCGCGGCGUGCUCCAAGUGAAGUGCGAGCUUCGGAGGCGCUGAAGUGUUGGAGCUGCAACUGGUGGAAGCGAGGCCGGGAACCUCCGCCAGCCCCGCUGUGUGGGCCCGUUCCCGUGAGAGACGGUCCCGGUCCGGGUCCGGGUGUCCCCGUGCGUGGGAGCUUUGCCGCGUAAAAAGGAAGAACUGAGGAGAAAACAAAGUAUGAAAGUAUUGGUUAUUGGCCUUGGGGGUGUAACAAAUGGAGGGAAAACUACACUAGCAGAAAAACUUAAGAACAUGCUUCCCAACUGUGGUAUAAUCUCUCAAGAUGACUUCUUUAAGCCAGAGUCUGAAGUAGAAACAGAUGAACGUGGAUUUAAGCUGUAUGAUGUACUUGAUGCCCUCUAUAUGGAUGAAAUGGUGGCAAGUAUUCACAAUUGGAUGAAAAGCCCAGCAAGCUCAGGUUUGGUGGCAGAAGAAACACAGGAUACAUGGGACAAACUGAAGAACGUUUAUAUUUUGAUUGUUGAAGGCUUUCUCCUUUACAAUUAUGAGCCACUUAAUAAACUAUGGAAUAGAAGAUAUUUUUUAACCCUUCCUUAUGAAGAGUGCAAAAGGAGAAGGAGCACCAGAGUCUAUCAGCCAGCAGAUACACCAGGGUACUUCGAUGGACAUGUGUGGCCUAUGUAUUUGAAAUAUAAAAAUGAAUUGGAAGAGAAUGCAAGUAUGCAAGUUGAUUAUUUGGAUGGAACAAAAUCUCAAGAGGAGCUUUUAUCCUAUGUGUAUAGUGAUAUAAUACAGGAAUUAAACAAGCUGAGGGAAGAAAAUUAGCAGGUCACAGCAUGAUAACGUAGAAAGCCUGGAUUCCAUUUGACAUGAAUUGAAAACUCCAAGACUGUCAUACCUGGCCAGCCAAACAACUGAGAAAAUGCUGUGUGUAUGACCAUAAUGCUACUUCACAUAAUACAAGAGUUUUUGUAAGUAAUUAUUAACUCUCUCUCAGGAAUGGAGACAGGGACUCCAUUUAGGAGUAUGAGCAGUGGGUUCUUUGAAAUUCCUUUAAUCAGUCCUGCUUUGGCUGAGCUUUAAAUCUGAUUGAAUGUUAACAUUUUAAAGAAUAUGAAGAUUUUCGUGCACAAAACUAAACCAUAAAGUUUAUAUAAAGAUGCACUUCUGUUCGAUUAAUAAGCAUAUCUGAGCAUGGAUGAUUGCUAUUUGAAAUGAUCAUAUAAGAAUGACAGCGAUUGUCUCUAAUAUUUUUAGGUAUUUUUAUGAUAAACAUGCUUAGAGGAACUAGCUGUGUAAGUUUAUGUGAGUCGUUAUGCUGCUUAUUUAGUAACUGAUUGAAUACAUCACAGCUAAACUUAUUUAGACUUGAUAAAUAUUCUCUGGUGUUUGCACAGUAAUUUUUGUGUUGUGUAUUGUUUAGAGCAGUUGGGAAUAGAUGUUAAGAAAAUGGAAACAAACCUGAAGAGAUCUCGGAUUGUUGGAAAAAGAUGGGGAAAUAAGAUGUAGAGAACAGAGAUGGAUAUCAUUAACAAGAUAUAAUACAUAUAUUCUGCAGAGAUUGACUGGGAUGGCACAGAUAGCUAGACAAUAAAUCCAUGCUUCAGGGUAGAGGAAGGAGAGAAGACAUAAUUGUUAUUAAUAUUUGUAACUAAUGUUGAAAGUGCAAUGAAACUCAAAUGCUGUUAAUUAAAUGUUCAGAAAACAGGAAUGCUAAACAAAUGUGAAAGCUUUGUUAUAGAAUUUGUGUAUAUGUAUCUACACAAAUUAGGAAAUGGGAUUAUAUUUUGUUGCUGAAUAAGUAAUGUAUUAACUCUUAUAUUUUCUAGACAAUAUGUUGCAUUUUUAUUAGCUAAAAUAAAAAUAAAUCUACAGACAUGGAAAGCAAAGGGUGGAUUAUAUUACUUGAUAUGUGACAGCUGAACUGGUCAGUGAUUGAAAUGUAUUACUUUAUUGUAAAAGUCCUAAAUCUAUGUAAAAGAAAAAGAUGUUAUCGGAUUACAGCUGUGUUUAGCCGUGUUUAAAACAAAGUGCUUCCAAAUAUAAUUUUGUAUUAUUAUUUUGCACUAAAAAUACUUCAUCUUGCA